AGUCAUGUGACAUAAAGAUGGCGGCGCCGCGGUAGCGGGUCCCUGGUUGUGGCGUCCAAGGAGCCGCAACGGUUUCUGCCCCCAAGCUGUGGGGGCGGCCCGUAGUCCCGCGUUAGGCACCCUUUCCGGACUCAGCUGUUACUGGCGCGGUGGAGUCAGGGCAGUGCCGGAGACCUCGCUGCAGGUGCCUUGGGCCGGCCGCGCUCGCUGCGGGAGGAGGAGGGUAACCAGCUUCCCCGGUCUUCUGGGCCUGAGGCCUUGGGGCUCAUGAAGCCGUCGAGGGCUCCGGAGAAGCUACACCUCUGAGCCGGGUGUGGGAGUUUUGAGUCCUCGAGUGUGUGUGAGGCAGCCUAGGAUUCCUGAGGGCUCAAAGGCGGCCACAAGGACUUAGUUUCCUACUCCAGAGGCUCGGCGUCCCCGCGUUGACUACCCUUGCAUUCUUUCCCAGACCCUCUCCAUGUUCUCUCCUCACAUCUGGAAAUAUGAUCAGCGCCCCUGAUGUGGUGGCCUUCACCAAAGAGGACGAGUACGAGGAGGAGACUUACAAUGAGCCGGCUCUGCCCGAGGAGUACUCGGUGCCGCUGUUCCCUUUCACCAGCCAGGGAGCCAACCCGUGGUCCAAACUGUCCGGGGCCAAGUUCUCGCGGGACUUCAUCCUCAUUUCUGAGUUCUCCGAGCAAGUGGGACCCCAACCCUUGCUGACCAUCCCCAAUGACACCAAAGUUUUUGGCACUUUUGAUCUCAAUUAUUUCUCCCUGCGGAUCAUGUCUGUGGAUUACCAGGCCUCGUUCGUGGGCCAUCCCCCUGGUUCUGCCUACCCUAAGCUGAACUUCGUGGAGGACUCCAAGGUGGUGCUGGGCGACUCCAAGGAGGGAGCCUUUGCAUACGUGCACCACCUUACCCUGUACGACCUGGAGGCCCGUGGCUUCGUGAGGCCCUUUUGCAUGGCUUAUAUCUCAGCAGACCAGCACAAAAUCAUGCAGCAAUUCCAGGAGCUUUCGGCUGAAUUUUCUAAAGCCUCUGAAUGCCUGAAGACAGGCAACAGGAAGGCAUUUGCUGGGGAACUUGAAAAAAAGCUUAAAGAUUUGGAUUACACCAGGACAGUGCUGCACACAGAAACAGAGAUUCAGAAGAAAGCCAAUGACAAAGGCUUUUAUUCAUCUCAGGCAAUUGAGAAAGCCAAUGAGCUGGCCAGUGUGGAGAAGUCCAUCAUUGAACAUCAAGACCUGCUGAAACAGAUUCGUUCAUACCCAUAUCGGAAGUCGAAGGGGUCUGAUUUGAGUGCGGGUGAGGCAGAGCACACGCAGGAUCAGGCUGGUCAGACAUCCACUACCUCUAACCCUGAUGAGUCUGCUGACACAGAAGUUUACACUUGCAGACCAACCUACACCCCCAAGCUCAUCAAAGCAAAAUCCACCAAAUGUUUUGACAAGAAGCUGAAGACCUUGGAAGAGCUCUGUGACACUGAGUAUUUCACUCAGACACUGGCUCAGCUCAGCCACAUUGAGCACAUGUUCAGAGGAGACCUAUGCUACCUUCUGACCAGCCAAAUUGACAGAGCCCUUCUAAAGCAACAGCAUAUAACAAACUUUCUCUUUGAAGAUUUUGUGGAGGUUGUUGACAGGAUGGUAGAGAAACAAGGUAGCGCGCUCCUUGAGCCCGGUCAAGACAGGCCACCUUCCAGGUCUCUGGAAGAAUGUCUGAUUCCCAAAGUGUUAAUUAGUGUUGGUUCUUACAAGUCCAGCGUGGAGUCCGUGGUGAUCAAGAUGGAGCAGGAACUUGGAAAUGAGGAGUACAAGGAAGCAGAGGUGACAGAAGUGAGCAGUUUUGACCUGCAGGAGAACUUGGACUACCUGGAUAUGGAUAUGAAAGGGAGUAUCAGCAGUGGUGAAAGCAUUGAGGUUCUAGGAACCGAGAAGUCCACCUCUGUGCUAUCUAAAUCUGACAGCCAGGCCAGCCUCACGGUACCGCUGAGCCCCCAGGUGGUCCGGAGCAAGGCGGUUAGCCAGAGGACCAUUAGUGAGGACAGUAUUGAAGUCCUCAGCACUUGCCCCUCUGAGGCACUCAUCCCUGAUGACUUUAAGGCCAGCUACCCAAGUGCCAUUAACGAAGAGGAAACAUGUGCAGAUGACAGUGAGGGAGCCAUCCACUUCCAGGCAAGCAUCAGCCCCCCGGAUCUGGGGGAGGCAGAGGAGGGCAACUUGGAAAACACCCCAUCACAUACCGACUCCUCUUGCUGUAUUGGGAAGGAAAGCGACAACUUGCUGAUGCCACUUCCCACUCCUCCCCACAAGCUCUCUGACAAUGAUGGAGUGGUGAGCAUCCCUCCACAAAGCUAUAGACAGAAGGACCAGGGCUUCCAUGUGGACUUUGCAGUGGAAAAUGUCAGCCCUUCCCAAGACAACAGUUCCGAAAGCUUCCCGGCUUAUGAGCUGGACCCUAGCUGCCUGCUGGCCAGCCGGGAUGUCAGUAAAACCAGCCUGGACAACUAUUCAGACUCCACCAGCUAUGUGAGCAGCGUGGCCUCCACCAGCUCAGAAAGGACUCCCUCUGUGCAUCCCCCCGGCUCCUCUUCUGAGAGGCAUAAAAAGAGGGCCGGCCAGAAUGCCUUAAAAUUCAUCCGCCAGUAUCCCUUUGCCCACCCUGCCAUCUACUCGCUGCUCAGCGGGAGGACACUUGUGGUCCUGGGGGAGGAUGAGGCCAUCGUCAGGAAGCUCGUGACAGCGCUGUCCAUCUUUGUCCCCAAUUAUGGCUGCUAUGCCAAGCCUGUGAAGCACUGGGUUUCCUCCCCUUUGCACAUUACGGAUUUUCAGAAGUGGAAGCUUAUUGGCCUGCAGAGAGUGGCCUCUCCUGCCAGCGCUGGCACCCUCCAGGCCUUGAGCCGCUAUAGCCGCUAUACGAGCAUCCUGGAUCUGGAUAACAAGACCCUGCGUUGCCCCAUGUACAGAGGUACCCUUGUGCCCCGGCUGGCAGACCAUCGCACCCAAAUCAAGCGGGGCAGCACUUACUACAUGCACGUCCAGAGCAUGCUCACCCAGCUCUGUUCCAAGGCCUUCCUCUACACCUUCUGCCACCACCUGCAUCUGCCUGCGCACAACCGGGAAACACAGGAACUGGUGGCCAGUCGCCAGGUGAGCUUCCUGAAGCUGAACCUGGGUCUGGUGAAUGAGGAUGUCAAGGUGGUCCAGUACCUGGCCGAGCUGCUAAAGCUGCGGUACAUGCAGGAGUCUCCUGGGACCAGCCACCCCGUGCUCAGGUUUGACUAUGUCCCCAGCUUUUUGUAUAAAAUCUGAGGUUGGUCCCAGCUACUGUGACAAAGACCUCUGACUCAGGGCAGAGGGGUUUAGGGGGGAAGUGGUUGGCAUGACCAAGCAGUUGUCUAAGCUUGACUGUUGAGACUUGUGUUGUCGGUGGGAAGGAAAUCAAGGUGGCCACCAUGACUGAUGACUCUGGGCAGCUUGAGUGUUGAGCAUGGGCAGAGAUGAGAGGCUGGGUCUCUCGGAAGGCAUCUGGAGGGGCAAUAACAGCCCCUCCUGGUGCCAGGUACAGAAUGGCCCAAGAUUGGGAGUGGCUCCUGUCUUCCCAAGGACUGGCAGCCAGGGCAGAAGAAGAGCCAGCGUCCCUCAGGUGGGUGGGGAAGAGCAGGAGACCAGAGCCUAGGUGGACGGAGCACACAGCCACAUUCAGCACUUGUUGACCCAGGAUGACAAAACACACUUGGCCUCAUUCAGACCCAGCUGGAGGCCCCUGAACAAGUGAGGAGGAGGGGCAGGCGCACCACCAGCUUCCUGGGCCCCAAGGCUGCAGAGGACAAGAGAGAGAGCACCCUUACCCUCGCUGCCUCACCCAGGGAGACAUGCUGGUACACUGUCAGUAGAAAUGACUGCAGGAGCUGAGCUGCUGGUCCCUGCUGGGAAAGGCACCACUCGGAGGUAGACAGAUACCCAGUACUCAGGGUGGGGCUGGCUUGCCCGUGCAGUCACCACUGUGCUCUCCUGGGGACAGCCCACUGCCUUUUCUGGACAGAUCGAGCCAUCGUUUUUCUCCUGAGAAAGGUCUGCAGAAAUGUUCAGAUUCAGCAGAAGUCAUGUCCCCCCUCCAAUGCAGUCCCCUCACCCCUAGCAACCCUUUGCAACCAUGGUACUACCUCGUACGGGGUCUUGUUGACAAGGUGGCAGCAGCAUUCUGUCUGCCUGGCCAAUGCGGUAUAAGCCCACCCAGCAGCAGUAAUCUUGGGAGGGGUUUCCUGCAGAAGCCAGGCUCCUCUCCAUGCUUCUACUGCCCUCCCCCCCGAGUCCCACCUCCACAGAAGGCGUUUUGAGACUGAAAAAAGGAAAAGCCUCUGUUCAUCUACCCCACCGCCUCCCACCCUGACCACCACCCCCGCAGGCCCCCUCCUCCCUGGGGCUUAAGGAAAAGUUUCCUGCAAGAAGAAUUUACACCUUUUUUCAGAAACUGUUUUUCCCCACAAGUAGGAAUACUCUGGAUGUUACUGCUUCUUUUUAAUUUGUUCCAAGAAAAAGGUGGUCACAGGGGCCUGAAUCAGCCACAGCAGUUGCUCCUGGGCACUCGUACAUAUAUGCACAGACUAGGCACUGCCUUCAGUGUUGCUUGGGUCCUGCUGCUGACACCCAGCCCCACUGUCAGCUUUGGGAGCACCGUUGAGGUCACUGAGGGCAGCCGCACAGGACCAGGGAGGGUUUGCCUCCCAGCGCCCUGUGAUCCUCCGUCACACAGGUGUCUGCACAGAAGGAGCGUGCCUGCUGGCACCCCCUCUCCCCUCAGAGGGCUGUGGCUUUGCACAUGAGGCUUCGACCAAGACCCUUUUGUGGCGGAUGGCGUUGCCCACGCCUCAUCAGUUUCUUUGUACCUGUGCCUGCGCUGUGCAUUUUCAGAGACAGAAGUUGCCAGCAAUGUCUUGGCAGUUUUUAAAUGUGAAAUAUCCAUUGUUUGCACGUGAAGAAGGCUGCAUAGAAAGCCAGUUCUUCUGUCUCCCUCUGCCUGUCUCCACGCCCCCUCCCUGGUGUUUUAAGUGCUGCUUCAUUUUCUAACUGGGUGGUUAACAGCUGUCUACUUAGGCAUCCAAGGUUGCAGCAGCGCAGUAUUUUGUCUUAAAGGGAAGAAAGGUCUGUGGCGCCCAAAUGACAAGAAAAUGGACAGGUGUUCAUUGAUACUGCCGCUGCUGUUUUGUCCCUGUGUUUUUACACUAGUGUGGAAACCUGCAGUUAAUGCUGCUUCUCACUUGGGAAGCUGGUCGAGGCAGCAGGUCAGUUUCUGGCAGAUGCUGAAUCGCAAGAGCAAUUGGCCUUCUAGAAGCUGAAGCAAUGCAUUACACUGAUGUUAAGUAGAAGUCCGCUUCAGUGGGUAUUUGCUUGGAGGCUUAGCCUUGAGGACGGUUCAGAAGGUUCUCAGGACUCUCAGGCAAAAGACCAGUCAGGGUGACAGAGCCACGUCUCCUGGGUGGAGCCAGCUACAGAAGGGGCAAACCGGGAGCAGCUCACUCAAACUGUUUGCUCUCAGAAGUGAAGGUGGUGUCACUGAAUAGUGGCUGAACCCCAGGACUGAAAUUUUGGUUAGGGUACCUUUUCAGAGUGGCAGUUUCAAAGGAUUACUUGACGCAGAGUAUGCUAGUUCUUAAAGGGAUAUUGAAGGUACUAGACCUGAGUCAUAGUUGAGGCAGAGAUGUCUGAUACUCUGACGCUCUGCGCCCUCCCAGCCCUGCUCCACUUUGGAAAACUUGAACCUACUAGAAAAGUCUUGUACUUAUGGCUGUUGGUGGUGGGGAGACCUAUGCAAUGGGGCUAAUCUCUUGAAGAAUUUUCAUUUGAGGUUUUUGCUUUAGUAAUAGGUUAAUGAGUUUUAUAAAGCAUCUAAAAACACCACUUCCAGAAAAUAGGUAUUAGUGCCCCUAAUGACUUCUUCAGUCAUAGGUAUCAUGUUGAAGGCCCAGGCAUUGAAGCUUUAUUCUUGUCUGAGGUCUGUUUCAGCUUCACCUAUAAGCCAUUACCACUUCCCCACCCCCCUUUUUAUAAAAACAGCCCAAGUUAAAAACCUGAUCAGGCCAGCAGUAUGCACUAAUAGUUUUCAGAAGCCCCAUUUUAGAGAACUGAAGGCAUUUUCUGGCCUUUGUGACGUGUGUGACACUGGCCUGAGCUUCUGCCUCACCUGUUCCCCUAGGAGCCUCACUCCCAUGGUGGAAAUUUAGGAUUUUAGCAGUUGUGACUUUUCCAUAGUUUACCACAAGGCUGGCAGUUACACGCAUUGCACAGGCGUUAGGAAUGGCCCACGGCAGCUCACCUGCCAUCCCCACCUAGCCUGUAAUUUCUGUUUCAAAGCAUUGCUGUGUCCAAAGCACUGUCAAUUCAACCCCAAACAAAUUACAUCUCAAAAUCCCAGAGAGGCCUGUGGACGCCCCCCAGCACCCGGCUGGGGCUGCUGCAGCUCCCGCAGUGUUGCUCAAGGCAAAGAGCUGUCUGCUCACUGGACAUCUUACAUGCAGUGACUGCCCACGUCCUAUCCAUGUGGAACGCAUACUCCCCUCCCCCAGCCCCAGCGUUGCAUGUCCAGCCAGCUUCUAGUGUCACGCCGUUGUCUGUCUGCAGGACUGGCAGCACAGUCUCAAGCUGAUGGAGAAUUCAUGGUGGGCAUGUCUAGCAUGGGAUGAACCGGCUCCCUUGGGGAGCAAUCAGGCAUCUCCUCCUUUGCCUCCCGCCUCCCUCAGGCAAACCAGUCCGCUGUCUGGCUUUUCCCCACCACUGUGAUAGAAAGUGGUAAAACUCGGAUCUUUACAGACCUCAAAAGCAAAGAGCCCUGGAUUUCUACUUCUAGCUGGAAAGCAAAGAACUGAUAACGUCUGGCACCAGACAUUCUCCUGGGCUCUCUCCUUGGGGCCAUCUCAUAUAGUCUGGUUCUGUCAGAUAAGGUUUGGUUCAAGCUACAGGAAGGCAGACGAUGAAGGUAAUAGAAGGAACACUUAGCAAACCCACCUGUAGGCAUGGGGCCUGGGCUUGCUGGGAGUCAGUUGUUCCACCCAAUAUGAAGGAGAUGAACUUGGUCCUGUGUAGUAGGGGGCCUUGGAUACAUCCAUUUACCCUCAGUUGGGGAGGAGUCCCAAAAUUACAUGUUUCAGCAGCAAAACGGCUCCCAAGUGGAGGCCGAAAACAGAGCCUGGGACCACAUCCAGCACACUGGGUGACUGCAGCACCUGCCCCGCCCCCACUUGAGCGAGCACCAACAGCAGCUAGGCCCAGGCUGCAGGGAGUGCCAGGAAGGCAGGGCCGCAGGGUACCCCUGCUGCCGCUCAGUGCACUGGGUCAGUGGACACACAGGCUCGGUUGAGAUAAAUGCUGCCUUCAAGGUGGCAGUGAAAAGCAGUCUGUGGUGAAUUCCUGUUAUUUUUUAAGAAAGCUAUUUUAUUACUGCAUGUUCCCCUGUCUGUUUGUGACUGUCACCAUGCAAGCAGCAGCCCCCACAAGUGGCUGAUGGAAUCAUUCAGCUGACGUGUGGUACCAUUUUAUCGGUGUUGCUGAACAAGAGUUCAACCAGAGUAAAUGCCAAAUAGUAUGAGAAGUGUACUUUUUAAGAAAAUUAAUUUAUUUGAGUUCAGAUAUUUUUGAAAUAAAAAAAAUUGGUUGUAUUUUUAAAGGUACAAUUCCUGUAGACAUUCUGUGGUUAAAAACUUACUGUGCUUAUUAGAAAUGGUCAUCCAAGUUUUGCACUUCAGCUUUGUGAGAAAUAAAGUUUGUUUGGGAAGGUGAUGUUUGGUGCCUAAUUACAGGAGGGAGCUAGCUCUGGGGCUGCUGACUGACUCUCAGACCUGUGAUUGUGGGGAGGGGCUUUCUGGAGGGGAUGGUACUGGGGCACACUGGUGCUCUCCCACCAGCCCCAGGUGUGGAGGGCAAAGGAUACCUCAGACACAGCACCCUCUCAGCUGCUGACAGCAGCCCUGCCACCUCUUGGGGGGGUGCCUCGUGUGGCCUGUCUAACUUCGGUUCUGGUUUAAAGCACACAACAGCAGUGUCUGAAGAACUUUCUUUAGGAUGGUCAAAAUUCAGCUUUCCUUUUGGCACCCCACCAGGUAACAAAACAUUAACAGUGGGCAGCUUUUAGAAGCUAUUAGCUUUGGGUUUGCUGUCUGCCACAGCAGGUUAGGAGAAAGCCCAGUGACUAUCAGAAGGAUAAGUACAAUUACUGGAGUCUAAUAGUUUUGCCCUAUACCACUGUCCAUCCAAAUGAAUUAAGGCUAAAUGGCUAAACAGUAUUUCAUUUGUCCAGAGGAAUUAGGUGCAGCUGUUCGAGAAAGUAAAAGUUCAGAUCGAACGCUUAACCUGUCCCAGAGUACUAACAAUGGGCUCUAAACACAUUUUGAUUAGUGAAGACACAUGAAGAAGGUUCAAAAUGGAACCCCUCCAAGGGCACAAAGAGACGAACAUGGUCCCCAGUGGGGCAGCUCUUCUCUGGCCCUGAGCAAGUGGCUCCUUGGCGGUGCCUGCCCUCCCGGCUCUGUGCUGCUCGGGGGUGGGUAGGCAGCCCCUUCAGAAGUCAGGCAGGCCAGGCAGAGGGAAGAGGGAAGCAAAGUUCUCCACAUCCUCCCGGAGAGCCCUGAUGGCAGUCUGGUGCUUCUCAUCGCCUGCUAGCUUCUCCUUGAAUUCCUUCAGGGUAGCCUUGGCACCGAUGUCCUUCUGAAUCUGCAGUGUCAGCUCUAUCCCUGUGUAGCAAGACACAAAUGAGCAUCUGGCUAGCAGUAGGGUGUGGCUCUGCUGAGGCCACAGGCCACAAAGUGGGAGAGAAGCAUGGUUCAUGCCCUAUGCUAGACUAGGGGGGAAGACAAGGGCCUGAGUCCAAAGCACAAUUGUCAAAAUGUCCCCCACAGCUGGUGAGUGUAAUACACUCAAAGAUACUAACAUUUACCUCAGCAGGGAUUCUUACAGGCACUCUUCCUUGGGCAGACAUCAGGAAAUGUAUAAGCCUCUAAGGAUGGCUUGCUGAAUGAUUUUUGCUGUCUCCUGUACCCAACAAACACUUGGCCUGGAGACAGCAAUGUCCCUCAGUGGCUGUUUCUGCACCACCCAUGGUCACAAUUAGAGCCUUCAGGUACCCAAUAAAAUGUGGCAAACUCCCAAAUUUUAUCCUUACCUCUGUGGAUAAAGUGGGCUACUUGGUGGAAGUCUUCUUCCAAGAAUCCUCGGGAUGUCAGUGCUGGGGUCCCCAGUCUUAGUCCACUGGGCCGCAGUGCACUUUUGUCACCUUUGAGAUAAAUGGGAUUCUGUCCCUAACCCACACCCAACUCGCCACUCAGCAUUUACAGAGUAUGCUUGGGCAAGAGCUGGCUCGAGGGUACUGGCUUGACCUAGCAAGAAUAGUACCACUGACCCAAAAACUAGGGGCAGGGCCCAAGGCAUCACAGAUGGGGGGAGAGAAGUGCGUUUUGGCCCGUCAUUUUUAAACAGCAAAGUCAUCUCCUGUGACGUGGCCCUUGCUCUAAAAACGAGGCUAACAUCUGGCAGGGCCUGGGAUGUAUCUCCAACUGCUGGGGUGAGGGCUGAGUCUGCAGGAGAGGCUGGAAGACAGCCUGGAUUCAGUCCCCAUCCAGAAUGGUGUAUCAGACCCCUCAGAUCACCUGAUGUCUCCCUGAGGCGAAGUAUCUUGGCCCAGAAGAAAGGCAGACAGGUGAUGAAAGGAAGGCCAAGGAUUCUCACCUGGGCAGGUGUUCUUGUUACAGGCAAUAGAACAGGCUUCUAGCACCUUCUCAGCCCUUCCACCAUCAGUGCCUUUGGAACGGAGAUCGACAAGGAUCAAAUGGUUGUCAGAACCACCUGAAAAAAAAGGUGGACAUGCAGAAAAUGCAGAAGGCUGACUCUGCCUGGUGAAGAAGUACCUAAGAAGCAUGGGCAGGGAGCGAUGGAGGCUGCAGCAGAUGAGGUGAAGGGAGUGAGCAUACCCACCACAUGCUCUCCAAAAUUUUAAUCCCCUGCUAGAAAAAAGGAGGCAGUGGUGAUUCAGUGGUAGAAUUCUCAGGGAGACCUGGGUUUCAUUCCUGGUCAAUGUGCAAGCCACCACCCAUCUGUUGUUGGAGGCUUUGGUGUUGCUAUCAUGCUGAAUGGGUUUCAACAGAGCUUUCAACCUAAGAUGGACUAGAAAGAAAGGCCUGGUGAUCUACUUCCAAAAAUCAGCCAGUGAAAACCCUACAGAUUAUAAUGGUCUGAUCUGCAACCAAUCAUGGAGAUGGCACAGGACAAGGCAGCAUUUCUUUCAAUUGUGCAUGGGGUCUCCAUGAGUCAGAGGCUGACUCAAUAGUGGCUAAUAACAGCAGCUAAAGAAAAGAUGCCCCAGGAGCUAAGAAUUUGAAAGGACACAGUAAAACAAGGUAAUCAAUCAUACAGAGGAAGGAUGAAGCUGAUGGGUAAAAUGUCCACUCUAGUGACACAGAGGACCAGAGGGCCUGACAGUUUGCUCAGCGUCCUUUGUGGUUGGUUUUCUCCUAGACAGAUUACAAUUGGCCAUUUCCUGUGUCUCUGAAAUCUGUCAGAGGCCACCUCUGUGCCUGGUCAGGGGAGCAUGCAGGUGGUGCAGCAGCCACGCUCGCCUGGCUAGCACUGUCACAUACUUCACCCCUCCCCCGGUGAAGUGGACAGAUGAUGCUACGGAGGCUAAGAGACCUUGGUGGAACCGGUCCACGGUCAUGCAGGGGUCCAACCACACUUUGGCCUGUUUUCCAAGCCCCUGGAUCUUUCCACUUUGAACUGUUGUUAUACCAGGCACCUUGAACAGGUGACAGUGGUGCUCUGGCUUGGCCACUGGGGUGUGUUUCAGGGAUGACCAAGAUGCAGCUGACUCUAAUCAAUAGCUUUGCUCUGCAGCCUCGGGGCGCAGAGUGUAAGUCUCAGCUUUGCUGCACAGCUACAGUCAGGCAGCUCAACAUUUUUGAGCCUCCGAUGCCCAUUUGCAAAACAGACCAGUAGUUCACGAGGUUGUCAGGAAGCCUAAAUAAGAUACUGUGUAUUGUCCUUGGCACGGUGCUGGCACUCACAAAUGUGGGCUGCUGUUAUUGCCACUGUUACCUGCUUUGUUGCACUGGGCCACGUCUGCAGGGAACAAGAAAAAGACAGUGACCAGAGUGAAAGCAGGCCUGGGAGGCCACACAGGUGGGAGACCUUCUCCCCCAAGUCACCACAGGGCUGCCAAGGCUGUUAUUGGAUGCCUGGGGCCGGAGGGAGUUUGGCUUACAUCCUAGUAACUCAAAGUGUGGUCCCCAGACCACCAGCAUCAGCAUCACCUGGCAUCUGGUUAGAAAUGCAGAGACUUGGGUCCCCCAACCCAGACCUAGAGAAUCAGAACCCGCAUUUUAACCAGAGCCCAGGUGACUCGUGUGCACGUCCAAGCUUGCGCAACCGCAACACUGACCUCACCCUCAGGAGGAGACCCUUCCAUGGGAAGGUGUGAGGCAUUUCUCUAUAGAAAGGCACCACAGCCAGGCCUUGUUCCAAAUCCCAGCCCUGCCACAUACUAACUGUGUGGCCUUUAGCCUUCUCUCAACCUAAGCCCCUUAUGUCAUACAUAAGCACGUGCCCAUCUUUCAGAGCCAGGUAACAAACACCAGCUACCAUGACCAUCAUCAUGGCACAUGGAGAAGGUGUCUGGCACUGUGAGAAAGGGGGAGACUGGACAGGAGGCCCUCCAGCCUGAGGGUGUGCUGACUUCUGGGGUGGUCCCAAGCCCUCACCCAGCUACAGUGGCAGAAACCGGUUGACUGCCCCAUUGGCCACCCCAUACUGGGAUAAGUGGGGUGCCAGGCUUAAUGCCCCCACAAGGAAGGGCACCUGUGGACCGGCCACAUGGCACAACAUUGCUUCUGUGGGUACCUGUCACUAUGCUGUAGCCCAGCUCCAUUAGGGCCUGGGACAGGGCCUUGCAGUUGGCCACCACCUGGUGCUGAUAAGCUAUGAACUCCGGAGUCAUGGCUUGCUUCAGGGCCACAGCAACCCCUGGGUGGGAGGAGAGAACGUUUCAGAAAACAGGGCAGGAUCAACAGGAAAAAAUCUGUUUCUAUGUGAGCCGCCUUAUUUUUCAGUGUCACCAAAGGGAGGUGGAUUACAUUUGUUUUCUCACAAAAUGGUAAUUUUUCUAAUUCUACAAUUACCUGGCUAAAUUUCCAGCCCUUUAUUGGAGAAGAUUCUUUCUGAGGAACUGCCUUUUUUUUUUUUUUUAAUGUGCUCUUCUCAAUCCCCCAUUUUUUAAUUUUGUGGUCAAACAGAUAUAACAAUAACAAAAAAAAAGUGGCCAUUUCAACUAUUUUUAAGUGUACAAUUCAGUGACAUUACUUACAUUCACCAUUUUGGGCAACUAUCACCACUCUGUAUUUCCAAAACCUUUUCAUCACCCCAAAGAGAAAUUCAGUGCUCCUUAGGCAAUAACCUCCACCCCCCCCCACCCCUAGUAACCACCAAUCAACUUUGGUCUCUACACAUUAGCUUGUUCUGGAUAUUUCAUUUAAGUGGGAUCAUAUACUAUUUGUCCUUUUACGUGUGACUUACUUCACUAAACAUAAUGCAGUGGUAUGUAUGAGAACUUCGUUUCUCUUCACGGCUGCGUAAUAUUCCACUGAAUAGACAGACCACAUUUUGUUUCUCCCUUCAUCAGCUGAUGUGCAUAGGGGGUGUGUCUACCUCUAGAUACUGUGAACAGUGCUGCUGUGAACAAUGGUGUAGCGGAACUGCUUGUGAGGUAACUUUUUCCCUAAGCAUGGAUGCUUAGUGCUACUAAGAUUAUCGCAGAAAAAGCUCUUCUUGGACAAAAUGAGUGUUACUACUCAGCUGCCCAAAGGCAGAUUUUAUGCCCGAUCAUGCAGCUGUCUUAGAGUCCAUGGCCCCAUUCUACUCUGCACCAUUCAAGCCACCUCCAGAAUCCUGAGUCAACUGUGAGUGCUGCUCAGGGAGACAGAAAACUGGAGGGUGAUGGGAAAGUCAGUGCCUGAGGCCUGGCACAGAUGGCCCCACUCUGUGUUCGUGGGCCUGAACACCCUACCCCCAAGGCUGAAGAAAUGUGAAAAUGCCCCGUGCUCCCAGACUUCUCUCCACCUGCUCACACUUCAAAUUCCCUUCUUUGCUGCUUUCCCCAGUUCCCUCUUUUUAAACACUAGUGUUUCCCUAGAGAAAGGUCACACAUUUGUCACUGCUCCUCAGAUGAAUACGUUUCGUCACUUGCUUUCUCCCAAAGAAGACAUGGCAUAACUCCGAGACAGAGCAUUUCCUAACCAAUCGCAGUAAGAAAGGAGACUAUUUAACGAGACCUCCAGUUGUCAGUGGAGACAGACCUGGGAGUCAGUGAUGUGGGAGGAGACACCCAUCAGGGGGAAGUGCCUUGUCUGAGAGCCUGCUCCGUUGCAGACGUCCUCUCACAUCCCUAUCUGCACCUUCUCGUGGUCAUGUUCCUUCUACACACUUUAAGGCCCCUGCCCUGACCUCAGCCUUGCCCAAUGGUGACCACAUGUGAGGAGUGGCUGUCGCCUCUCUCUAGUCCCUACCUUCCACCAGUCACAACUAUGUCCCUCUUCCCUGUUGGCAGCUCCUGGGUAGAGAUAUUCCUGCCACACACUUUGAAUAGAAGGUGAGACAGAAAUUAAGGGGCACAGAAUGAGCCGAGGGUAUGAGAACCACCAGAUGGCACCGUGGCCAUCGGCCUGAAGGUGCAUUUUACCAGCAAUGGCGUGGUUGUGGGGACCUCCCUGGAGGCCCGGGAAGACGGCAGCAUUGAUGAGCGACUCCAGGUUGUACAGAAUCUCUUUGCCAGUCUUGGGGUCCACACUGCGCACUCCUGGGUGAAGAAAAACAUCAGAAUGGAACCACAUGGGCUGUCCCGUGUUCUUCCUUACUUGGACUCAAGCCCAGACUGGUUCCAGCUCCCAAGAGAGCAGAGGUGGGGAGGGGUACACAGCCUCCCUGUGACUGGGAGAACUGGUUCCCAGCGCCGCAGAGCAGAGGGCCCUUCCCUUCCUGACCAGUGUCCUCACACUUGGGAAUGAGGUGUUAGGGAUGACUCGUAGGAACAUUGGUCUCAGCUGGACAUCUGUUUUCCCUGACAGCACCUCUUUUUAACAACACACAGCUGUAGUGAGGCUUUAGGAAAGUAAAUGGCAAAGUGUCCCUCCCUGAGACUGGAACAGACUAUGCCUUGGGUAUAUCUCCCCAAAAAAGGAGUGUCCAAGACGGUCACCUCCAAGAUGAUGACUUUGAAGGGGACAACAGUUAUCGGGCUAGAUAAGGGGAAUAAGGUUCCUUUCUGUUAGUAAUAAUGAGAAACAACAACUACCAGUAACAUCUAUCUAGUGCUCCUUGUGAGCCAGCAACUGCUCUAAGCAUUUUACAGCAGCCGCUGGAAGAGAAAGGGGCUAUUAUGGUAUUAUUACACUCCCCAUCUGGAGAUGAGGAAAUGUGGUGGAGAGAGGACACACCACGGCCCUAGAACACUGGCCAAGCAAGGCCCAGGGUGAGUCACCUGGGGAGUCUGGCCCCAAAUGGGCUCCACUCAUGACACCCACACAUAGUGGAAAAGGCAGAAUCCUCCCAGGCAUGUGGGAAGAGCCACCUCCCUUAGAAAUGGGUCAUCAGAGGUGUGAAGGCAGCAGGACCCUGAGAAGCAGAAAUAGGCAAGUGGAAGAGUCUAGCAAUGGGAGCUGCGCAGAGAUAAGAGUGAUCCGUUACUACAGGGCUUGUUUCUCUUCUGACUCAGGUUCAUUCAUAAGUUCUCACCACGGGCUGAACGAGGACCUGAUUACUAGCUCGGUCUUUCCAGGGUGAGAUUCCCCAAUUAAGCGGGGAGUCUAGAUGUGGGCUAUAAAUAUUCCACAACUGGAAGAGAAAUUCCUCACUAAAAUUACUAAACUGGAAUAAUGGUUUUUACAUCAGUGCCUUACAGUUUGGUUACUGUGAGUCUUUUUUUGGAGAAACAUGCUAGAGCACAGUGAAUUCACCAAGAUGAUGGCUGUAUGGCAGGCAGUGCCCAUUCAAACACCAUUCAAACACCACCUGCCUCUCGUGGCAAAGAUUAGCUAAGACAAGGGGCAAGAGGCACCCAGUACAGUACAGACACACAACGGUGCCAGUUCACUUCCUCUUUUCCUUGGACUCAGUCACACAAGGAACGAUAGGAGAGCUGCCGCUCGGGAUUCCUCCUCCAGUCCUUUCUGCAAAGCCGCCAUUGUUCCUUCCCCAGAUAGCUCUUCAAGGGAUCCAAGGUCAGAGCUCGUUCCAGUUCCUUAAACCAAAUCUAAAUCCCCCAGGAGAAACACAAACUACUCCCGUGUGCCCAGGCCCUCGGGAAGCAAACCUUUCCUGUAGAAGAUCAUGCCAGCCCGGCAGCCUCGCAGAGUCUUGUGGGUGGUGGUGGACACCACGUGGCAGUAUUCAAAAGGGGAGGGCACCACGCCAGCUGCCACCAGCCCACUGAUGUGUGCCAUGUCUGCCAUGAGAUACGCCCCGUUAUCAUCGGCAAUCUUCCUCAGACGGGAGUAGUCCAGGUUUCGGGAGUAGCAGCUGACACCUGGGAGGGGACAGUGACACUGUCACAUCAGAGAAGGCCCUAGCAGCGGGGCCAGGUGAACUGCAGAUGAACAGGCGGAUACCAGAUGUGCAGAUUCGAGAGCCUAGCACUGCCCUCUGCCGCCCAAGACCUCUGAGAACAAAAAUGGAUAAGUGCUAAAGGCAACGACACUGACCAGCCCUUGAGUGUCACGGUGAUCAGGGUGGCUCCCACUAGGUUACCACCCCCGAUUAGUUAUUCCCCUGGUACUGACAUCAGCAUGCACACACAUUUGUCCUUUCGGCUGUUACUCCACACCUGAAUUUCUAAGGUACUUUACAUGGGGUGUGGCUCCCCGCUGAAAAAAACAAUACUUAGUCCAAGAAACACUGCUACCCAGGGCAGAAACGACAAUAAGCUACAGGGUGGGAAGCUACAGGUCAAAGGCACAUGGGAUCUGCUGACAACUAAGGCUGCCUUCAGCCCAGCGAGUCACCUGCAAUGAUCAGCUUUGGGUGGAAAAGGCGGGCAUUCUGCUCCAGCUGGUCAUAGUUGAUAUAGCCAGUGUCGGGGUUCACCUGUGGGAGGCAAGACGGUGGCUCAGCCUUCUCCCUCUGGCCACCCUGUGCCCACUCUUCUUGAACUUGAGCCAGCUGUCAAGGUUACAAUGGCUUCUUCCGAGUCCUCGGGUGGUGCCGACAGUUAACAUGCUUGGCUGCUAAACAGAAGGCUCGAGGUUUGGGCCCACCCAGAGAUGCCUCAGAAGAAAGGUCCGGUGACCUAGUUCUGAAAAAGCAGCCCGUGAAAACCCUAUGGAGCACAGCUCUACUCUGACACACGUGGCUCACCGUGAGUUGGGCUGGACUAGACAGCUGGUUACUAUGGCUACAUGGUCCAAAGCCCAUCUUCAAGAUGAGUUUUGGCCAAUUAUGAUGUCUGGAACUGAAACACCUAGCCCUUCAAUGAGAAGAAAUGAACUAUCACUUGCACACCAAAGAGCACACGCACCCUUACAAGAACUGAGACAGAGGCUAAGUAAAAAUCAAAUGAUCAACAGACUGCAACAGACAUCUGAAAGUGGAAACCAGCACCCAUCAGUCAACAAUACUGUGUCCGCUAUUCACCAGACUGAGAGGCUCUGGUGCCUUCUGUUCAUGGUGGGAAAGACAGCAUACCCCAGGAACGGCACGUCUGACAAUGAACAAUGCAGGCAGCAGGCUCCUGACAUGAUGCGGUUACCUUGUGCACUGCCUGGGUGACGAAUACGCACGAACCUCUUCUCUGCUGUCCUUAAACCUGCAUGGAGAAACCACCAUGCCUCCCAGGAGCCCUCAAAUUCUAUCAUGCAUUUUUAAAUCGUGUUGUUUCUAUGGACAGGGCCCCAGGCAGCCCUGGGCACUGGUUUUGACAGUUGUUGUUUGUUACAGUUAAUUCUGACUCAUGGCAACCCCACGUGUCACAGUAGAGCUCCACAGGGUUGUUAAGGCUGUGGUCUUGCAGAAGCCGAUCUCCAGGCCUGUCUCUCAAGAUGCUUCUGGGUGAGUUCAAACUACCAACCUUUUGGCUAGUGGUUGAGAGCUUAACUGUUUGCACCACCCAGAAAAUGGUUACAUACUGGGUGUACUGUUGAUAUGGGUUAUAGCUGGCAGAGGGUAGGUCUGGGCAGUGAGGGCAGCCACAGAGUGCAGGAGCCUGGGCUGUGACUGCUAUUGCUACCACCCAGAGGCAGUGGACGUGGAGAGGUGGGCCGUGUCGCCCUGCUCUAACCUCUCUGGCUGCAGGGGCUCCCCUAACUGGCUGUGGAGGGCUGUGGCUGAUGCCCAGGAUGCUGGUAUUGGUGCUAGGGCCAGGGACGCUGCUGUUCCAGCAGCUGCUGGCCUGCUGUGAUUCUGAGCAGGGCUGUAGCUGGCUAAGGGUGGCAUCUGCUGUGGAGGUAGCUGUUUCACCGGUGCGAGGUAGGGUGCGGAUCUGGCUGUAGUUGACUUGGUGGUUGUAACUUUUAUCCUGGUUGCUGCUGUCCCAGUAAUUCUGAGAAGCUGCCAUCCCCACUACAGAUGAAACCUCCUUGGUGGUUGCCUCAAGGCAGUCCCUCUGCCUCUGGACCACAGCUUCCCUUCACUAAGUCCCAAGAGAUCUCCCUAUUCAGGGCAAGAAAAGGAGAAACAGGAGCCGUGGAGACUUCCUGUAUUGCCACAUGAACCAAACUUCAUUCCUGCAGAUGCAGCCCAACAUGGGGGUCUCCUGAGGAAGCACACCAGAGACGCAUGCACUAACCUUAUAAGGCAUGGAUUCAAAAAAGAUGGAUGUGGCCGAGAUCUUCUUCUUGUCAGUCAUGAACCCGUGGGUCAGGUGGCCCCCGUCGGGCAGGUCCAGGCCCAUGAUGCGCCCGUGGGGCUCCACCAGGGCAGUGUACACCGCAAAGUUGGCAGGGGAGCCUGCAACGGGUGGGCCAGAGCAGACACGGUUAUUUCUACUCCGGAGGCACCGUGCAGCUCCCAGGGGCUUGGGGAGAACAGGCCCAGCCUCCCACACAGAUUCCUGAGUAGGGGUUCCACGAGCCCCCAGAGGGUCCCCUGCCCCAUCCGCAUGAGAAUAAGAGUAUGUGUGUGGGGGGUGGGGAACAUUUGGGAGAAAGAGUACUGCCAGGGGAGGGGGCAGUGCAGCUGAAAGACCAUGAGCCAGGGAGGAAGAUGUGCCCACCCAGCACAGGGUCGACUUAUUUUUCACUUUUGCUUUUGGCCAGUUCUCUCAGGGAAUGUCAGCCCUUACCUGAGUAGGGCUGGACAUUGACCCCCCAGCACUGGGGGUCCAGGUUGUAAGCCUGCAGCGCCCGUUUCUGGCACAGAAGCUCCAGCUCAUCAAUGAACUCCGUCCCGCCAUAGUACCUGUGGGGGAGGGCAGGAGACUCAGACCUGCUUGGCUGACUUCCAGUCCCAGCAGAGAUGGUACACGGGCAGAGGCAGAGGGGCCCUGCACCAGCCCCAUUCCUCUCACUGGGGCCUCUGGGACCUCGAGUAGAAGACCAGACCAGCUGUGCCGCCGAGCAAGCACCUCCUCAUCUGUAAGAGUGGGUACCCACUAAUUGUACACUUUAAUGGCGAAUGUAUGGUAUGUGCAUUGUACCCCAAUAAAGCUGUUAUAAAAUAGUAAAAACCCCAAAUCCAGAAGUUUGGGUCCUAGAUUUGUAUUAGGGAAAGUCAUUAAUGCUAGAUCACUGCUGCUUCCAAAUACUAAGAAUACCAAGAAUAUUCGAAGGGAUGAUUUCACAUUUUUAAAAAAAUGAUAACGUAAAUAGACUUUUUCCAUUUUUAAGAGCCCUUUAAAGUGAAUAAAUGAUUGAACUACCUACACUUCUACUUAGUUUUUUUUUUAAUUGUGGUAAAAUAUAUAUAACGGAAUUUGCCAUUUUAAUCACUAUUAAGUGUACAGUUCGGUGACAUUAACCACAUUCAUCAUGUUGGCAACUGUCACCAUUUUCUAUUUCCAAAACUUUGUCAUUAUCCCCAACAGAAACUAUGUACUUA